AUGAGGGACCAAAAGUCCAAUGGAAGCUCCAUGACUGAGUUCCUCCUCCUGGUAUUUGCAGACACACGGGAGCUGCAGCUCUUGCACUUCUGGCUCUUCCUGGGCAUCUACCUGGCUGCCCUCCUGGGCAAUGGCCUCAUCAUCACCACCAUCGCCUGCGACCACCACCUCCACACCCCCAUGUACUUCUUCCUCCUCAACCUCUCCCUCCUUGACCUGGGUUUCAUCUCCACCACUCUCCCAAAGUCCAUGGCCAAUUCCCUGUGGGACACCAGGGCCAUAUCCUAUGGGGGAUGUGCUGCACAGGUCUUUCUGUUUCUCUUUUUUCUAUCAUCAGAAUAUUUUCUUCUCACUGUCAUGGCCUAUGACCGCUACGUUGCCAUCUGCAAACCCCUGCACUAUGGGACCCUCCUGGGCAGCAGUGCUUGUGUCCACAUGGCAGCAGCUGCCUGGGGCAGUGGGUUUCUCUAUGCUCUGCUGCACACGGCCAAUACCUUUUCACUACCACUCUGCCAAGGCAACGCCCUGGACCAGUUCUUUUGUGAAAUCCCCCAGAUCCUCAGGCUCUCCUGCUCAGACACCUACCUCAGGGAAGUUGGGCUUAUUGUGGUUAGUACAUUUCUAUUUUUGGUGUGUUUUGUUUUCAUUGUGCUGUCCUAUGUGCAGAUCUUCAGGGCCGUGCUGAGGAUCCCCUCUGAGCAGGGACGGCACAAAGCCUUUUCCGUCUGCCUCCCUCACCUGUCUGUUGUCUCCCUCUAUCUCAGUACUAGCAUAUUUGCCUACCUGAAGCCCCCAUCCAUCUCCUCCUCAUCCCUGGAUGUGGUGUUUGCUGUUUUGUACUCGGUGGUGCCUCCAGCUGUGAACCCCCUCAUCUACAGCAUGAGGAACCAGGAGCUCAAGGAUGCCCUGAGGAGACUGACACUGCUCUUCAUCCUCUUGCUCAUCAUCUACACUGCGACUGUCUUUGGGAACAUCCUCAUUGUUGUGCUGGUGAUGGCAGAUCAGCACCUGCACACCCCCAUGUACUUCUUCCUGGGCAAUCUCUCCUGCUUGGAGACCUGCUACAGCUCCACCAUCCUGCCCCGGCUGCUGGCCAGCUUCCUGACUGGGGACAAGACCAUCUCUGCUCCCGGCUGCAUGGCUCAGUUCCACUUCUUUUCUAGUUUUGCUGGUAGUGAGUGUUACCUGCUGGCGGCCAUGUCCUAUGAUCGGUACUUGGCCAUAGGCCAGCCUCUGCUCUAUGCAAGCCUCGUGACCUGGAAGCGAAUCCAGAAUCUCAAGCAGCAGCUAACAGAGACCAGAGCUCUUGGGUCACUGGUAGAUGGGCACUGA